AUGGAUAUGUAGUUGUUAAGAGUUUAUCUUCUCCGACAUGGACAUUCAAUGUAUCAGAGUCUAAAAAUCGUAUCAGGCUAGAAUGAAUUGGGUUUGAGUGGAUUAGGUGUAGUGUAAUCAAAGAGAGUUGGUAAUCUAUUACAAUCUGUAAAAUUUGAUUAAGUCUACACUACUUAAAGAUGUAUAGAAUCUUAUUCUCAUAUUGAAAGCCAGCUCAAAUUAAAACCAAGAGUCAUCACAUAUACCACAUUAUAAAGGGAAGUCGAUUAAGGCGAUGAAACGUUAAAGUCUUACUAGGAAGUCUAUGUCUUAGUCAAACCAAAACAACCUUCAAGUCUAAAUCUAGAAAUCUAAGAAAGAGUGGAAGCCUUUCUCGACCAACUUAUUAGAGAUUAAAUAUACAAAAAAUCUUAUAAAUUUUUCUCAUAGAGUGAUUCAUUGCAUCUUAAUCAUAAUUUUGAUACGAAUAACUUAUAUAACCCCUCUGUUUAAUAGUUCAGCUCUUAUUCUAAAGGAUCAGGGAUGAUUAAUAUUUUAGUUUUGAGUCAUGCUGGAUUGAUAGCAGAAACUCUGAAAUAUCUCUAUCAAAGAAAUAAUUCUCAUUAAACUAAUUCUUAAUACCCAUACAUCUAUGCUAGAAAUGCAGCUAUAUUUUAAUUAGAUUUCAAAAUAAAUAAUCAAAAAAAUUGGAAUUGCAAUGUGGCAUUGAUGAAUUCUAAAAGAAAAAUAAAUACUACUUUUGACUCGAUCAUUUGA